GUUGUUAGUUUUCCUAGUGGUGGAGUUGACUCUAGUCUACUUUGGGCUGUUCGGUUGCUAUGCUACAACACGGAAGAUUUUCGACUUCAAGAAAACGCCGAAAUUCGAGUGCGAUCGUGUAUUCCCCAUCAAGUAUCGCUCGAUGACAGAGAUUUAUUGGCAACACUGGAGAAAUAUUCAAGUUCUUGGACUUCUAGAAAGAUUUCUCCCCACUCGCCUAGUAAAACUUCAUUGCCACAGCGGAUGUUAACGUUAGUGGCAGCCGCUGACCGCGUUCGAAGCACCACUGCUAUUCAUCCUCAGCCAGCGAUAUUGGUUGCGACAAAGCAGACUAUUGUAGAGGAUCGAGCUACUUGGCCUGAUAAAGAAUUCAGUGGGCGAAAUUCGACGAUAGUUGACAGCUCCGACGUUCUCCAGGAGGCUCUCGAGAUUCUUUUUACCGCGGAAUGUCUUAUUCUAACCGAAUACGUGGAAAUUAUUGUUCCAGUACUCUAUGGUAUAUUUAUCUUUACCAUGACGCACUUGCCAAGCGCACAAUAUCACGCAGAAAUGGUAGGUGUGAAUCACGAUAAUGUCGCUAACAUGGUGUCGACCAUGUUCAUCUACGCGACGCUGGAGCUCCUAUCUUUCAUGCUGCUAGCAGGCAUCAUGAAGCGCAAUUGCGGCAUCGACGCAUUUUAUCUGUUGGCUUUUGUGCUGCAAACGCAAAUGCCAUUCGUUUUGUCAAAACUGAUGCUCUGGAUGAUGUUCACGCUAACCUUUCGAGUUACACAUUUUGGUGCAGAUUUAUCUUUCCAGUUCGACUGGAUUGCGAAAGACUGUAAUAAUUUGUCUUGUGAAAAUUAA